CUGGCAGCGAGUGACAGCCAGUGCCCAUGGCCGGGGACACGGGGAUGGCCGGGAAGGUGACACUGCUGCUGUGGGCCCAGACCGUGUUCCUCGCUGGUGAGUCCUCGGGGGAUGCCGUGUCCCCGCCCCGCUGUCCCCAGCCCCGUGGUGGCCCUGGCAGGCUGCUGUCCCCUGUCACCCGCAGGUGCCACCCAGCUCCUGGUGCAGCCCCCCUGGACUCCGGCGGUGCUGUGGGACCGGGUGACACUGACCUGCCAGGGCUCGGGGACCGCCGGGGACACCCUCUGGUACAAGAACUUGCAGCGCUGGUGGCCAGAGGGACGCGACAACUUCACUGUCGCCGAGAGUGGCACCUACUGGUGUUACAGACCCGGUACCGGGAUCAGCCCCACCGUGAGAGUCUCAGAUGACUCGCUGGUGCUGCAGGUGCCGGCGCGGGCGCUGCUGGAGGGGGACACGGUGACACUGCGCUGCCGGGGCAGGCGGGACUUGCCGCUCAACUCGGUGACCUUCUACCGUGAUGGGAAGAAACUGGCGACUCUCCACAAUGUCACCGAGCUGUCCCUGUCCCAUCUGGAGCUGCACAGCGGCCGCUACCGCUGUAGCGUCUGGGUGGGAACCUCUCUGCAGUUGCGUUCGGCGCCGGUGCCAGUGACAGUGCAGGAGCUCUUCACGGUGCCGCUGCUGGAGGGUCCCCCCGAGCUCCCCGAGGGGUCCCCCCUCAAUCUCAGCUGCCUCAGCACCCCCAGCCCCCUGCGGCCCCCAGCCCCCCUCCUGUACCGCUUCUACCGGGACGGGCAGUCGGUGGGGGGCCCGCAGGGGUCCCCGCAGCUCCUGGUGCCCGCCGUGGGGGUCUCCCACUCGGGGAAUUACAGCUGCGAGGUGCGCUCCGAGGGGGGAACCGUGCGGAAGAGCAGCGCCCGGCUCGGCGUCACGGUGCGCACCCUGUCCGUGUCCCCGCAGUGCCCGUGGCCGCUGGACCCCCCUGGAGCUCAGUGGCUGCGGGGGUCGUUGUGUCCCUGCUGUUCCUGGUCCUGCUCGCUGUGGCCUUGCACUGGCGGAUCCACGCGGGUGCCAGGAAGCGCCAGGAAAGGGCCCCCCCCGUGCAGGACCCUCAGGCCACCUACAUGGAGCUGCGGGGGCCGCGUGGGCAGCCCUGGGAACCCGGUGACAUCUAUGACAACCUGCAGCCAAAGCUGUGACACUCGGGGAAGGGGGAGCCCCCAGAGUGGGGGGGCCAGGGCCCCUGGCCGCCAGAAAGCCCCAGGACAGGACCCCCGGGAGGAGGGGGCGGUGCUGGACCCCCACAUGGGCACCGAGCGGGCAGGGCCCCAGACCGUGUUCCUCGCUGGUGCCACCCAGCUCCUGGUGCAGCCCCCCUGGACUCCGGCGGUGCUGUGGGACCGGGUGACACUGACCUGCCGGGGCUCGGGGACCGCCGGGGACACCCUCUGGUACAAGAACUUGCAGCGCUGGUGGCCAGAGGGACGCGACAACUUCACUGUCGCCGAGAGUGGCACCUACUGGUGUUACAGACCCGGUGCCGCGCGGGCGCUGCUGGAGGGGGACACGGUGACACUGCGCUGCCGGGGCAGGCGGGACUUGCCGCUCAACUCGGUGACCUUCUACCGUGAUGGGAAGAAACUGGCGACUCUCCACAAUGUCACCGAGCUGUCCCUGUCCCAUCUGGAGCUGCACAGCGGCCGCUACCGCUGUAGCGUCUGGGUGGGAACCUCUCUGCAGUUGCGUUCGGCGGCGGUGCCAGUGACAGUGCAGGAGCUCUUCACGGUGCCGCUGCUGGAGGGUCCCCCCGAGCUCCCCGAGGGGUCCCCCCUCAAUCUCAGCUGCCUCAGCACCCCCAGCCCCCUGCGGCCCCCAGCCCCCCUCCUGUACCGCUUCUACCGGGACGGGCAGUCGGUGGGGGGCCCGCAGGGGUCCCCGCAGCUCCUGGUGCCCGCCGUGGGGGUCUCCCACUCGGGGAAUUACAGCUGCGAGGUGCGCUCCGAGGGGGGAACCGUGCGGAAGAGCAGCGCCCGGCUCGGCGUCACGGUGCGCAUGCCCGUGGCCGCUGGACACCCCUGGAGCUCAGGUGGGGUCACUCGG